CAGGGCUCCCUGUAACGUUAUUCUUUCUUUCAAUCCCUAAAUUCGAGGCUCCAAGCAGAGGGCCUGGGAGUACUCUGAGAGUUGCCGUUUAAUGGAUUUGGAGAAAGGACCAGAGCCGGCCGGGUAGGAGCUUCAACUGGGAACUCUCCAGAAAGAGGGUGUAGGAAGCUGGCACAUCGCCAGCAGAGUGUCACAGGAACCUGGGGGAGGAGUGUCAACCAGGCACAGGCUUCCGGAGGAGGACGCUGGACAGAAAACAGCAGUCCAACAGGUUGCUCCGGAGGACUCCGCUGCACAGUUACGUCGGCCCGGCUUUGACUUUAGGCGGGAACAGAGGCCGGUGCGGAGUCUCUCGUGGACGCAGGGAGCGCAGAGGCUGCACCGGAGGGAAGAGGCUCUGGUGCACCGGGACUUGCUCCCAUCUGGUGUGCUUUCUCAGCUGAGCAGAAGACCGUGGUCCGGGAGCAGCGGGCACUGACAGUACUGCAAUUGCGCAUAGGAUAGAAGGCACGAUCGCUGCCCUCCUCCCCUGCGCCCGCGACCACGAGGGUGAGCCGGCUGGGUCCGGAGAGUCUAGAGAAAGCGAAAGAACGCGGAAUCACAGAUUGGGCUUCCUGAAACUCGGGCAUGGAUAAACUGGGGCAGAUCAUCGCCUUAGGCCAGCUCAUCUAUACAAAGUGUGAAGAGAUGAAGUACUGCCGGAAGCAGUGCCAGCGUCUAGGGAGACGCAUCCAUGGUCUGCUGCAGCCUCUCCAGAGGCUCCAUGCCCAAGGAGCCAACAACCUGCCAGACGACAUAACUGCUGCUCUGGCCCGUUUUGAGACCGUCCUGAAGGAGGCGAGACAGCAGAUAGAAAAGUUCAGCAAUAAGUCCAAUUUUUGGAAGUUUGUGACUGCGGGCAAUGACAAGAUACUCUUCCUUGAAGUAAACGAGAAGCUGAGAGAUGUCUGGGAGGAGCUCUUGCUGCUGCUCCAGGUUGAUCAAUGGAACCCUGCUCCAAAUAUCAGCCAAAUAGCAUCCUGGCCGCAGGAAGAUCAACAGGACGCAGAGGAGGAUGGAUAUGAGCCUAUUCUAGCUCUCUUGAGGAAGCUAAGUAUUGACAUGGAAGAAAUCAAGGAAACUCUGAAACAACGCUCACUAACACCCACACAGGAGAUCCCACAGGAGCAAAUCAAGGAGAUUAGGAAGGAGCAUCUUCUCGGGUCUCCGUGGACCUUACUGAAGAACAACAACCUCAGCACACUCUAUAGAGGAGAGUACCACAGGUCUCCAGUUACCAUCAAAGUAUUCAAGAAGCCCCAAAACGGCAGUGGAAUAGUGAGACACACUUUCAAUACCGAGAUCAGAGCCAUGAAGAAAUUUGACUCCCCCAAUGUCUUGCGUAUAUUUGGGAUUUGCAUUGAUGAAACAGUGAAGCCCCCCGAAUUCUCCAUUGUCAUGGAGUACUGUGAACACGGGACCCUGAGGGAACUGCUGGAUAAAGAAAAGGACCUCACGCUGAGUGUACGCAUCCUCCUAGUCCUGGGAGCCGCCAAAGGCUUGUACAGGCUACACCACUCAGAAUCACCUCAACUGCACAGGAACGUCAGCAGCUCCAGCUUCCUGGUGGCUGGCGGCUACCACGUAAAGCUUGCAGGAUUUGAAUUAAGUGAAACACAGGCUUCCAUCAGUCGGGAGACAAAAACCACAAAAGCAGGGAGAAUCCGUUCAGCAGCAUAUGUCUCCCCUCAGAGACUGAAAAAUGUGUAUUGUGUAUAUGACAGAGAAGCUGAAAUAUAUAGCUUCGGAAUUGUGCUCUGGGAAAUUGUCACUGGGAAGAUCCCAUUUGAAGGCUGCGAUUCUAAGAAGAUCUUCGAGCUGGUAGCUGAGGGUGGGAAGCAAGAGCCAGUGGGUGAAGAUUGCCCCAAGCUGUUGCAGGAGAUCAUUGAUGAGUGUCGGGCCUAUGAGCCCACCCAACGGCCCUCUGUGGAUGGAAUCUUAGAGAGGCUGUCUGCAAUUAACUGAGUUGUGUGUUCACACCUAACCGGAAGACUCCCUGGACAAGAAGCUGGAAGCGGAACAAACUGGACAUGUGUCUUUCAUAUAUGUUAAUAUCAAGUUUUGCUCGGUGCUAAAUUCUUUUUUUUAAUGGGGUCUCACAUGUAGCCCCGGCUAGCUUAGAACUUGAUAUAUAGAACAGACUAGGCAUGGACUCAAAGAAAUCUUCCAGUUUUGUCUUCUGAAUGCUGGGAAUACAGGCACGGGCCACCACACCUGGCAAAGUUCUUUUUUUUUUCUGGCAAAGUUCUUAUUUGUUGCAAAUAGAAAACAAUUCCAUGGGGCUGGAGAGAUGGCUCAAUGGUUAGAAGCACUGGCUGCUGUCCCAGCGUCCACAUGGUAGUUCAUAACUGUCUGUAACUCCUGUUCCAGAGAAUCUGACACCUUAUAUAGAUAUGAAGGCAGGCAAAACGCCAAUGCACAUAAGAUAAAAAUAAAUAAAUUAUUACAAAAAAGAUUAGAAAGAAAACUGUUAUGCCAAGUUGGUGAGACCCCCCAAAAAAGGACCACCAAGGAGCCGACUCACUGAAGCAAACCCAUAAGGUUUGAUGUUAAGUUACAAGCCUCAGCAGGGACUCCAUCCAGCAAACUGACACAGCAGCUGCAGGAAAAGGGGUUCCUGGUCUCAAUUUCAAGGGGUUUAUAAAGGAAAAAACCGCAAGCAGUGUGGUACAUGCCUUUACUGUUCAGGAUUGGGUAAGAGUAGGUGACCUUUGAAUUCAUUGAUAUGGGGGCUAGGGGAAUUUCAAAACUGUUACUAACAGAUGUUAUUUACCAAAAUUAGUCAUUGCCUGACUAAUGCGGAAAUAUUAAGAUAUACAAAAUAGGGAUGUCUUAUGAUAUUUUAUUGAGAGAGAAAUAACUUACGUGAAAAACCAAGAAAGCCAAGAAUCAAAGGUGUGCACACUGCUCUCCAGGCCCAAAACCGGAACCCAAAGUGAGCAAGUCUCCUCCCCAUAGCUCUUUUUAUCCCUGUAUGUUCUACAUAUCUGUGAACACACCCAAAUGGGCGUGGUCAGUGCCACGGAUACGUAGACCUCUCCCUACACCUGACCACCCGGAUGGGGUCACUUUGUCCAGGGUGGGCACAGUUUGGGUGCUCCUUGGAACUGUUUAUGGUUGCUUGGCUGGAGCUGAAUCAGCCUUGUGCCACACAGGGAAUUUCUCAAGGUGGCUUUUUCUGAGGAUGGAGUUAACUCUGUCCUCUCCAGUUUACCUUGCUCUUACAAAAACAAUUCCAGCCCAAAGCAGUGGUGCAUGCCUUUAAUACCAGCACUUAGGAAGCAGAGGCAGGUGGAUUUCUGUUUGAGGGGUCUACAUAGCAAGUUCCAGGGCUACACAGAGAGACUUGUCUCAAAAAACAAACAAAAAAUUCCAGCUACAAAUUCAGACUAUUUGCAAAAGUUGGCAAAUGGUAGCCGGGCGGUGGUGGCACACGCCUUUAAUCCCAGAACUCGGGAGGCAGAGGCAGGCGGAUCUCUGUGAGUUCGAGGCCAGCCUGGUCUACAGAGCGAGGUCCAGGACAGCCUCCAAAGCAAUACAGAGAAACCCUGUCUCGAAAAAACCAAAAAAAAAAAAAAAAGUUGCUAAAUGGUUUUAUGUCCAGACCUCUUUUCAUGAUUUGAUGGCUCCUAUCAGGAAAUGACACUUGAAUCUGAGCUGGCUAAUGGCUUGUUUAUGUCAACAGAAUGUGGAAGAAGUACCUGUGGACCCCUUCCUAGUCUAGACUUCACGAGGCUUUAAAACAGUCUCUCUCUCUUGAAAGAGUACCCAACCAUGAGCAAGGGUGGUAGGCAUACUGGAAGCUGAGGAACUACAGAGUCGAUGCCAGUGGUCCCGUCUCAGUUCUGCCAAGCCAGCCACGCUGGCAAUUGAUCCAGCUGCAUGUGUAAGCACAGUGAAGACCAAAGAACUACCCAGCUGAGCCCACCUCAUUGCCAGUUUACAAAAACAGGAGCUAAAUAAAUACAUUCCUGUAUUAA